UUUGGGAGAAACACUGAAAGUUUGAAACAUUGGAUUGAAAGCAUCCGGGGAGAAUCUUUUGCAGAGUGUUCAGACCAUGGAGAGACUAAGCUGGCUAAAAAACUUAGGGAGUUGCAAACCUGAAAAACAUUCUUUUCACAGUUGCUAAUCUGGUUAUGAUCAAGCAGAACGAUUUUCUACCAUUGCAGAUUCCUCAUAGCUAAGCUGGCUAUAGAGUCCAGUUCCUGAAAUACCCUUACUCUGAAUUCAAUGAAUUUUGUCCCUCACUUCCAAUUAGCCGGUGAUGAAGAAGCAUAGAAGAUGAUAAGCAAAGAUGAGUUAAAGGGAUCUUGUUUGUUCCCGUAGUCAGGGACCAAAAGGAAGCCAUCAGGUCCACUUAAUACAUUUCAUUGAAAAUUAGGACGACAUGCAGAUACAUAGAACCGGAGGACUGGUCACAUAAUGACAUUGGAAAAAGAGACAGAAAAUUAGCGAGAAAUAGUUGGGAUAGAAAAGAUGAGAUGGGAUACCCCUAACUAAGGUCCAUUUUACUACAAUAAACUAACUUUGUCUUAUCUUUAACUUAUGAAGGCUUCACAGGCAAUAGAAGGUGAAGCAGCCCUUGCCCUAGGCACCAGGUGAGCAUGCUCACCUUCAACGGCUCAGUCUUCAUGCCCUCUGUCCUCACACUCAUCGGGAUUCCCGGACUGGAGUCCGUGCAGUGCUGGAUCGGGAUUCCGUUCUGUGUCAUGUACCUUAUUGCUCUGAGUGGGAAUUCCCUGAUCUUAGUGAUAGUCAAACACGAAAGCAAUCUCCAUCGUCCUAUGUACAUUUUCUUGGCCAUGUUGGGGGCCACGGACAUUGCACUUAGCACCUGCAUUCUCCCCAAAAUGUUAGGCAUCUUCUGGUUCCAUUUGCCAGACAUCUCUUUUGAAGCCUGUCUUCUGCAAAUGGGGCUUAUUCACUCCUUCCAGGCCAUUGAAUCCGGGGUCCUCCUGGCGAUGGCCCUAGACCGCUACGUGGCCAUCUGUAACCCCUUGAGACACGCCAGCAUCUUCUCCCGACAACUCCUGACUCACAUGGGAGUUGGGGUGACACUCAGGGCUGCCAUUCUCACAGCACCGUGCCUGGUACUUAUCAAAUGCCGUCUUAAACACUAUCGAACUACCGUCAUCUCCCACUCUUACUGUGAGCACAUGGCCCUCGUGAAGCUGGCCGCUGAAGAUAUCCGGAUCCACAAGAUCAUUGGUCUGUUUGUUGCCUUCACCAUCUUAGGGCUUGACAUCAUUGUCAUCACUGUGUCCUAUAUUUCGAUCUUUAUCACUAUCUUUCAGCUGCCCCAGAAGGAGGCACGAUUCAAAGCCUUUAACACCUGCAUCGCCCACAUCUGCGUCUUCCUGCAGUUCUACCUCCUCGCCUUCUUCUCCUUCUUCACACACAGGUUUGGUUCUCACAUCCCGCCCUGUGUUCACAUCCUCUUAUCCAACCUUUAUUUGCUAGUCCCACCUUUUCUCAACCCCAUUGUCUAUGGCGUGAAGACCAAACAAAUUCGCGACCAUGUCCUGAAAUGUGUUUUUUUCCAAAAGACAUCUUGA